AUGGAAAAAAUAAGACGAAAGGAAGAGAGAGCUGCUGCGUCCCUCCCGCUCCCCGCCCGACGCCGCAUUGCCCUCCCGUCCCCCUCCGCGCCCACCCAAGGGCAAGGAGUCUCUUUGGCCGAUGCGUUCGACCCCGGGGCGCCGCCGCCGUUCGGACUAGCCGACAUCCGCGCCGCCAUCCCCAAGCAUUGCUGGGUCAAGGACCCCUGGCGCUCCAUGAGCUACGUCCUGCGCGACGUCGUCGUCGUGCUCGGACUCGCUGCUGCCGCCGCGCCUCGACAGCUGGCUCGAUACUGUAUUCAGUUGCACAUUAGUUAUUUGUUCAUUGUAUUGUCUUCUCAGGUCCUGCCUAUGCUCCCCAAUAUUGUUAAUCUUCCUAUGGAUAAGUUUCAAACUGCCCUUUCACGAAUCUUGCAGGGAUCACCACGAAAUGGCCCUUCUCUUGAUCCAUCAGAAAUUUUGAUUGCGAUUCAUUUAAUAGAUCCUGAUAAGGAAGGAAUAGCACUCAAACAGGUUAUAGAUGCGUGCGCGGCAUGCUUCGAGCAAAGAACAAUAUUCACCCAGCAAGUUCUGGCAAAAGCACUAAAUCAACUGGUUGAACAGAUUCCUCUUCCUUUGCUAUUCAUGAGGACUGUUAUGCAAGCAAUAGGCGAUUUUCCUGCCUUGGUGGAUUUUGUGAUGGAGAUCAUGUCACGCCUUGUUAGCAAAUUUGGAAAUAUCCUAAGUUAUGGGUAUGAUUCCUGAAGUGUGCUAUCUUGACGAAACCUCAGUCAUAUGGUGUGUUACUGCAGUUACCAGCUCCUCAACUUGAAAAUGCCUUGAGUAAGAAUCCCACACUGAAGGCGCCCUUGGUUGAGCAUGCCAAUCAGCCAAACGUUCCAUCAACUCUUCC